GCGCGGCUGUGGCCGGGGACCCUGGCCGGCUGCGCCGAGGCGGGGCGCUGCUGCCCGGGCCGGGACGCCGCCUGCUUCGUGCUCGGCUGGAGGUUGGACAGGGUUUACGGGACGUGCUUCUGCGACCAAGCCUGCCGCCUCACGGGGGACUGCUGCUUCGACUACGCCAGGGCAUGCCCAGCUCGCCCGUGCAUCGUGGGGGAGUGGAGCCCCUGGAGCGGCUGCGCCGACCAGUGCCAGCCCGCGGCCCGCGUGCGGAGGCGCCGGGUGCGGCAGGAGCCCCGGAAUGGCGGCGCGCCCUGCCCGCCCCUGGAAGAGAGAGCCGGCUGCCUGGACUACUCGACGCCCCAGGGCCAGCACUGCGGGCACUCCUUCGUCCCUGCCUUUAUAACUACCUCUGCAUUCAACAAGGAGAGAACAAGACAAGCUGCCUCUCCACAGUGGUCUACAGUCACAGAGGACGCCGGAUACUGUAUGGAGUUCAAGACAGAGUCAUUGACUCAUCACUGCGCUAUGGAAAAUCACCCCCUGACUCGAUGGAUGCAGUAUCUCCGAGAGGGGUACACAGUGUGCGUUGAUUGUCAACCCCCAGCUAUGAACUCUGUGAGCCUUCGCUGUUCCGGAGAUGGCCUGGACUCAGAUGGGUAAGGGAGGAACACUGGUUGAAGGACGUUCCUUAUUUUUCAUUUGGAGAGAUCUGUCCUGUGUCCCGAACAGCAGACUGUUACGUAGCAUAUCAGGGCGUGAUUUGGGAGUCUAAACACCAAGUAAGGAGAACCCUCUGUCUAGCGAUUCCUGAAUCCAGGGCCCAGUUUACCCUAUGGGACUCAGAGGCUCUAUAGCAGAGAUGAGUGGGUAAAUUUGGAUAUAGGGGUUCAUAUCAUGCUCCCAAAUGACCACUGGAAACCUGAUCACUCCAAAGCAGUGUUUUGAAAACCACUUGAAUCAGAACCUCUUGGGAUGGUGAUUCAAAAAAUUCAGAUUCCUGGGGCACCUGGGUGGCUCACUUGG